AUAAAUCAAACCGGAGAAAGCAGACCCAUUAACAUUCCGGCCAAAAAGCUUGAGAAAUCAAAAAUGGCUGCUGCUUCCCUGAGCACCAAUUUACUUUCUACAACCAAACCCAUCAAAAAUUUCAAAUCUUUUACAAUACUCAGUUCACAAACACCCAAAAUUUUGAUUAAACAAAGCUCCGUCACCGGCGCCGGCGCCGGCGCCGUCAAGGCGGUGGUCAAUGAUGAAAAAUUGAUGCCCAUAAAUAUUGAUGACGUUUCAGAUCAUCAAGUUGGAAACUUGGUGAGUGAAAUUGAAAGGGGUGGUGUUGAUGGUAGUGAGCAAGAUUUGCAAUUGAUUGGUGGGCUAAGUUUUGAAGGUGGUUUUAGUAGUGGGGAUGGAAAUCAAGUUGUGGUAGUUGAAAAUGAAGAUUUUGAUAAGUUAAUGGAUAGAACUAUUAAUGCUACUAUUGUUCUUGCUGUUGGUACUUUUGGGAUUACCAAGCUGCUUACUAUUGAUUAUGAUUCUUGGCAUGGAUGGACCAUAUAUGAAAUACUUAGAUAUGCACCUCAACACAACUGGAGUGCGUACGAAGAAGCUCUUAGAGAAAAUCCACUUUUGGCAAAGAUGAUGAUAAGUGGAGUUGUGUAUUCAAUAGGUGAUUGGAUUGCGCAGUGUUGUGAAGGAAAACCACUCUUGGAGUUUGACCGAACUCGCAUGUUUAGGUCUGGCCUCGUUGGCUUCAGUCUACACGGAUCACUUUCUCAUUAUUACUACUACUUUUGUGAGGCACUUUUCCCGUUUCAAGAUUGGUGGGUGGUACCCGUUAAAGUAGCCUUUGAUCAAACAGCGUGGGCAGCAGUAUGGAACAGCAUUUACUUUGUAGCAGUGGGACUCUUACGUUUUGAAUCACCAUUCAGCAUUUUUAGUGAACUAAAAGCGACGUUUUGGCCCAUGUUGACAGCUGGUUGGAAGCUAUGGCCAUUUGCUCACAUUAUAACGUAUGGUGUCGUACCUAUUGAACAAAGACUCUUGUGGGUUGAUUGUGUUGAACUCAUUUGGGUCACAAUACUUUCAACUUUAUCGAACGAGAAAUCAGAAGCAAGGAUUUCAGAUAUACCAACUGACCCGAAUCCAGUUUCAUAUCUUGAGUCUUCUGAGGAGUAGAUACCCGAAAACCGCAGAAAUGAACAAAAGAAACAGAACAGUGUUUCUUCAUUAUUCGUCACUAAAAUCUUCAUUUGACACAAGAGUAGUCAAAAAGUUCUGCAAACAAGGUAAUGCGUGCUAGUUGAAAGUCUGCCAUGUAGAUCGUAUGUGUGAUCUUCUUGUAUAUCAUUUUUGAGCAGAACUUUCUCUGCAUAUAUAUGUACAUCCUACUAUCUCUUCUAGUUAUUUUCAAUUUUGAUAGAAAA